AAAGAGGAGGAAGGGAAGUCGUCUGCUUGCAGUUGACGGUAGUUUUGAGACAGUGUGCGGUCGUGACAGGUGUGUAAACUGUUUAUUUUUUCGAGGAUAAGCUGUGCUGAAGCGCUUUUUUGUUGAGGCGAAAAACCCGCGAGCUGCCAUGAUGACACAACACACACACUGCAGUUUUCUCAUUGGAUUCACCAAUUAGCAACACUCAGCGAUGUCCUGUACAUUUUCAAGAGAGCCACCAAAUAGGAGCACAAUACAGAAGCACAGUCAUAUAAAAAUGUCAUGAUGUGAAGGCCUUCCUGCAUGGUACCAUAUUUUGUCUGCAUUAAGAUGCCUCGACUAGAGGAGGUAGCUAAUGUUGUCCUCAGGGUACCCAGUAUCUUGGUCCUGGACAUGCUGUAUAAAUGUGACAUUGACAGCUUUACUGAUCAUCUCAAAGCGAGGACCGAAGACAUGCUCUUCAAGUACAAAUAUGUCAUCUGGAACAUAUAUUACCUGGGUCACAUAGUGAGUGUUGUGGUGCUGCUGCUGCCACUGGGACACAUUAUCCAGCUUUACCUGCAUGUUCUCUGUGCCCUGCUGCUUUACAUGGGUCAUCAGAUUGUCAGGGAUUAUGUCAGAGGUGAAGCUCAGUAUGGGUAUGAAGGCGCAAUCUUUUUGGACUCUACAGCAUUGAACCGUUUUGUGACUGCACUCACUAGUCAGAUAAUAGUCAGUACUCUGUGUGCGUUCCUCAUGCGGACUCAGCGUGUAUGGCUGUUCUCAGCACACUUGCUCCCUCUUCUGGCGCGUGCGAUUUCUGUCCCGCUGGACUGGCUCCUCACACUCUCCUCCGUGUCCAUGAUGAUCACAGGGGCCGAGGUUGCCAUUUUUCUCCUUGCCAAUUUCUUUGUGCCAUACAGACUGGCCAGAAUCACCUACAGAGAGAUAAUGGACAUCGAGGUAACGGAGUUGUACAGACUGAUGGCAGUCGGAGUCUCUCUCUGGCAUGGCUUUGCUGUGCCGGUAUUGUUUAGCGUCUUCUGGUUUGUGCUGUUUGGAGUGCAACUUAUAACCAAUUUUGGCACUAUCACUGCUGUUCAACAGGGGCCACUCCUCUACCUUCUCACCAGUGUUUCUGAAUGCUGUGCCAGCCCAUACUCUCUGCUCGGCUUAACAUUUGUAGUGUCUUAUACGGCACUGGGACUUCUCAGUCUCUGCAAGUUCUACCUCGGAGGAUUCAACGCUCUCCAGAACCAUAACGUCAUGCACAGGGGGGUGACAGAGGGGGUGACUCUGCUGCUGCUGGCUCUGCAGACCGGGUUAUUGGACAUGGCAGCUCUUCAGCGAUGCUUUCUGCUCUUCAUCAUCCUCUUCAUCGUUCUCACAUCUACUCUACAAAGCAUGAGUGAGAUCACCGAACCAGUUGUGUUAGGCCUCGGAGCCAGUAGAAACAGGAGUGUGUGGAAGCACCUGCGGGGUUUAUCGAUGUGUGGUUUUCUGCUGCUGUUUCCAGGAUUCAUGGCCUACAAGAUCUCACAGUUUUUCAACAUGGAUUUCUGGCUGCUGAUUUUGGUCUCCAGCUGCAUGCUAACAUCUCUUCAGGUGACAGGUACUCUGCUGAUCUACAGUCUGUUCAUGGUGGAGGUGUGGCGCGGCGCUGCCCUGCCUGGACUGGAUGAGAUCAUUUAUUAUGUGAACGGAGUGUGUCGUGUGCUAGAGUUCGCGGUGGCUGUGUGUGUGGUGGCGUACGGGGCCUGGGAGUCUCUGUGGGGAGAGUGGAGCUGGAUGGGAGCCUCUGUCAUCAUCAUCCACUCUUACUGCAAUGUGUGGCUCCGGGCUCAGGCGGGCUGGAAGAGCUUCCUGCUCAGACAAGAAGCCGCUCGCAAAAUCAACGUACUACCAAAGGCCAGUGGAGAGCAGCUACAGGACCACAAUGAUGUCUGCGCCAUCUGCUUCCAGGACAUGACAUCAGCGGUGAUUACCUACUGUGGUCAUUUCUUCCACGGCAACUGUUUGAGGAAGUGGCUUUACGUGCAGGAGACGUGCCCCAUGUGCCACACCUCCAUCAAACCCUCAGCCAGUCCAGCGGCUGCAGCAGAGGAAGCUCAGCCGACCCAACAAAACUCACCUCCUGCAGACCAACAAGCUCCACCAGAAAACCAUGAAGAACAAGAGGAGCAGAGAGAUGAUGAUGAGGAUGAUGAUGAGGAUGAUGAUGAUGGUGAUGAUGAUGGUGAUUUCUCCACAGAGACCAGCUGUGAAGAGUCUGAAAAUAAAUCCUCCAGGAGGAAAGACAGUCUCCAACACUUGCAUUGUGAAGCCAAUGGUGAUUCUCAAGGCGUAGCAGAUGCUGUGCCCAGUAGCUCAUCAGACGAGGACUCUAAAGUGUCUUUGCAGGAGCCUGGGAAGGAAAGGGCCAGAAAGAUAAACUUGGCUAGAGAAGCAUGAAACAGAGAAACCAAAAUGGCAUGAUUGCAGAAAUCUUCUUCUGGAGGAAAUGGAGCAAAAGCUCAAAGGAAGCAAGCCGUUAUAGGAUGUCCUGCUGCUUGUGCGCUGGAUUGACACUUUCUCAACACCUCCACAGUGAAGAUUCUACUUAGCAAAUGAUUCGUUUUGAAUAAUCUUGUCUUGACAUUUGUUAAGAUGUCAUGUACACUGUAAACAAUCUCUGUUAAUUAACAGUAUCUGUAUUUUGUGAUUCACAGGGGUUUUUCAUUUAUUAAUGGUUGCUUUGUCGACUUUUGAUGCUUGGGUUCAACUCUACAGUUUAAUAAAGAGACUUUUAUUGACAUUUUAAUAAAAUAAGAGAUAAUAUACAGAGAAAAAGUCAGUAAAAUAGCUGAAAAUGUACUGGCAGCUUAAUACAAGGGUUUUGUACCGUAAUAUACAGCACCAAAUCCUGACAAUAUAUCACUUUAAACUGUUAAACAUGUUAAUAAAAGUCUUUUUGAGGUUAAAAGUUGUUGGAAGAAAAAUCAAGGUCACAUAGUGAAAUUCAAAAGCAUAAAUAAAUGGGAGAAAAUAAAAAAACAAAUCACAAAAUAUAGAAAACUGUCAAUUUAUUGAUGUUUUUUUUUUUACAGUGUAUGAUGAUAAUUGUCCAGUUCUGUGGGAGAAAUGAACUGAUAAAGAUCUAAGACACACACAAUUCAUGUUUUUUUUUUUUUUUGUCUGGGUGUAUGAAAUGACUUUUCUGUUUGUGGUAUUGGAGGUUCAGAUAAUUGCACAUAAGUGAAUCUCAUUCUGACUGAUGCAGGACUGCUAGUAGCCGUGCCUUUUCUGUGUCACUCCAUUGUGUGCUUGUGUUUUAAACUGAAGUUGUGUAGCUGUAGUGGAGGUGGUCUUAUCAUGGCGAGUAUUUCUCUCUAUUACAUUAUGGUUUGUGGAUGUUCUGCCUGGAUUCAGGGGUAAUAAACUGUCAGUGAAGCUGCGUUCAGUGCACAAUGAUCAUUGUUAAUGGGAAGAUCCUAGUUGAGGAUGUUUGUCAGAGCAGAGAAUAAAGAUAAAAAGCUUAUACAAUCA